GGGCUUUCAUACCUGCUACUCAUCACCACACUUCCGUCACAUCUACUACUCCCUCACAUCCACAACUCCACAUCUACCUCCAAGCAUCAAACAAUGCGUUCCCUCAUCACCGCCCUCAUCGUCAUAGCCAUGGCCAUUGGCCUGGCCACCACUGCACCUCCGCAUAAAUACCUAUCCUCAGAGCCCUCGCUCACCUCCAACACCACCACCGCCACCACCGCCGCCACCGCCAUCUCCAGACUCUUCAGCAGAUCUGCGAUGCUACCGUGGAUCUGGUCCCCCCAGAACUCGAAUACUAAACGAGGUUACGUUCCUAACAGAUGCCGGUUAUUCCCGUGGAGAUGGACCAGGUUCAAUACCAUACCCCAGAACACCACCACCACUACCGCACCCCCCGAACUCCCCAGCAACGUUCUGAUCCCCCCAAACAUCCAACCCCCCGACAACACCACCGCGUGCAAGGACCUCCCAAAGCCUUACAGGCCUCACCCCCCGCCCUACGCGCUCUCCGAAUGCAUGGAGAAGUCCCAGAGGUUGGAUGACCCGUGCUGGCAGUACUGGCUGGAGCAGCUGUGGUGUUUUGCAAUGGAUCAGUCCGAGCACCCGGGUCCUGUGGAGUUACCGCUCCCGUCGCCUCCUUCUAACAUCACGAUCCGGGUGAAUGCGAAGCGGGAGCCGGCUGAUGUGGUUGGGCCUCGGCCGCAUCUUCCGCAUCUCGAUUCCAGUAUUACCUGGGAUUAUAUGUCGCCCUCGGGGCAGGUCGAGGAGGUAGAAGAGGCCGAGGAGGUUGAGAAGAUCGAGGAGACCGAGGAGGUCGAGGAGGUCGAGGAGAUCGAGGAGAUCGAGGAGGUUUCGAUGCCUACCUCAUAUCCUAUUCUUCCUUAGUGAACCGGAAUUUCACCAU